AUGAAUUCUUUUUCUGACACAGGAGAGAAUCCAAUUUUUGCUUACAUUUCCAAAGCCAAAAUAUCGUACCAGCGAUACUUGGAUCACAUAACACCAUAUUCCACAUAUAGAUGGUUGGCAUCUGCUGGUUUGAUAUUGGUAUUUUUGAUCAGGGUUUUGUAUUGCUCUGGAUGGUACAUUAUAUGCUAUGCUCUUGGAAUAUAUUUGCUAAGUUUAUUUUUGCAGUUUUUGCAACCCAAGUUUGAUCCAUCACUUGAACAAGAACUCCGUGACGAAUCAAUUGAAGAGGCCAUUUCACCUGAAGAGGAACAAGCCAACCAAAGAAUCAAUUCCAACGACGAUGAGUUCAAACCCUUCAUAAGAAGACUACCUGAAUUUAAAUUCUGGCUAAGUGCAACGAAAGCCACUCUCAUUUCUUUAGUUUUAUCCUGUUUUGAAAUCUUUGAUAUCCCCGUUUUUUGGCCAAUAUUACUUUUAUAUUUUAUUUCGUUAUUUGCUUUCACAAUGAAAAAACAAAUUCAACACAUGAUUAAAUACAGAUAUGUUCCUUAUGAUAUUGGUAAGACUAAAUAUGGUUCAAAGUAA